ACAACAUUGCAUCGCCUGUCACCACCUUUCUUUCAUUCUCCGUCUUUCAUUUCCAGCUUCAGUAAGCUUCCGUUCCGAGCUGGACCGAAUUUCUUAGCUUACCAGCUGCUUUCGCCCGCACACACGAGGUUGCCUAGGCGUCCUUUCCCUUGGUCGUAAGUUUCUUUCGGUUACUGCGAAUCGGACCGCAAGUAAUGGCGACGCCAAAGGUUAAGCUCAACGUGGGCUUUGAUGGGGUGGCUGUCAUCGAAAUUCACAACCCUCCUGUGAAUGCUCUCGCACCUGAAGUUUUACUCGGACUGAAGGUGUCGUUUGACGAGGCGCAUCGGAGGAGCGACGUGAAGGCCAUCGUUGUAACUGGAACCAAUGGCAAGUUUUCAGGCGGCUUCGACAUUUCGGCGAUCGUCGCAGUUCAGGAACAAGGGAAUAUGGACUCUAUGGUUAGGCCGUCAGUCCCGCUCUUCGUGGAAACCAUUGAAGGUGGCUCGAAGCCAGUUGUGGCGGCUGUUGAGGGUCUUGCUCUAGGCGGUGGUUUGGAGCUUGCUCUGUCCUGCCAUGCAAGAAUCGCUGCACCUAAGGCCCAGCUGGGGCUUCCGGAACUGCAGCUCGGCAUCAUUCCUGGAUUUGGAGGCACUCAGCGUUUGCCUCGCCUGGUUGGCCUACAGAAGGCGAUAGAAAUGAUCCUGAUGUCCAAGCCGAUUACCUCUGAAGCGGGACUCAAAGCUGGUCUGGUCGAUCAGAUCGUUCCCAGCAAUGCGCUGCUGGCCACCGCCAAGGCGUGGGCCCUGGAUAUCGCCAGCGGCAGGAAGCCGUGGCUGAAGACGCUUGAGAGGAACGAUAGGAUCGAGAGCCUUGGCGAGGCUCGAGCUAUCUUCAAGUUUGCAAGGGCUCAGGCGGUUCAGACGGCUCCUAACCUCACGCAUCCGCUGCGGUGCUUGGAUGCCAUGGAGUAUGGCGUGACACAUGGAGGGUAUGCUGGCAAUCUCAAGGAAGAGGAGGUCUUUUUGGAACUUGUUCUUGCUGACACUGCCAAGUCCCUGACGCAUAUCUUCUUUGCCCAGCGACAAACGACCAAGGUUCCCGGAGUCACUGAUCGGGGUUUGAAGCCACGGCCCAUUCGCAAGGUGGCAGUGAUUGGAGGGGGGUUGAUGGGUUCUGGAAUCGUCACCGCGCUCAUCACGGCUAAGAUCCAAGUCGUCCUCAAGGAGGUCAACGAGCAGUUUCUGCAGCAAGGAUUGGACCGCGUGAAGGCCAAUUUCCAAGGCAGGCUGAAGAAGGGAAGAUUGACCCAGGAUCAAGUGGAUAAGAUUCUGUCCCUCCUCAAAGGAACACUCUCCUACGACGAUUUUGCUGACGUGGAUCUGGUUAUCGAGGCUGUAAUCGAGAGCAUUCCGCUGAAGCAGCAGAUUUUCCAGGACCUGGAGAGGGUGUGCAAUCCUGCAUGCAUCCUCUCUUCCAACACGUCCACCAUCGACCUCAACGUCGUGGGAGCCAAGACCCGCUCCCAAGAUCGCAUAAUUGGCGCACACUUCUUCAGCCCUGCCCAUGUGAUGCCGCUGCUGGAGGUGGUCCGCACGGACAGGACUUCCCCUCAGGCCAUCCUGGACCUCAUUACCCUUGGAAAAACCAUCAAGAAGACGCCGGUCGUGGUGGGAAACUGCACGGGUUUCGCUGUCAACCGUGUCUUCUUCCCCUACACCAUGGCGGCGUGCCUGCUGGUGGACCUGGGAGUGGACCUCUACCGCAUUGACCGGGUCAUCAAGGCCUUUGGAAUGCCCAUGGGGCCUUUUAGGCUGGCUGAUCUGGUGGGAAUGCAGGUGGGGCAGGCAGUGGGGACUCAGUUCGUCACUGCUUUCCCUGAGCGGGCCUACAAGGCUGCUCUCAUCCCCCUUCUGGUCGAGGCUAAACGCUUCGGGGAGAAGUCAGGCAAGGGCUUCUACCUCUACGACAGCAAGAGGCGCCAGCGCCCUGACCCUGCAAUCAAGGAGUUUGUGGAGCAGGCCGGGAAGUACAACAACAUCAAGCCGGGCGGCAAGCCCGUUACCCUAUCUGACAAGGACAUUGUGGAGAUGAUCUUCUUCACCGUGGUGAACGAGGCAUGCCGCGUGCUGGACGAGAGCAUCGUGGUGCGCGCCUCGGACCUCGACAUCGCCACUGUCAUGUCCAUGGGCUUCCCGCCCUACCGGGGUGGCCUGGUCUUUUGGGCUGACCUGAUUGGGGCGAAGUACAUUGCGGAUCGGCUCACCACAUGGUCACAGGCAUAUGGAGGCUUCUUCAAGCCAUGCAACUACCUGCUUGAGCGGUCAGCUCGAGGGAUCAAGCUGGGAGCACCGAAGCAAGCAUCUUCCAUGGCAAAGCUUUGAGUGAUUUGCUUCAUGGUGGUUGCAACUUGCACAUCUGCUGUUAGUCUUCAGUUCAGUGCUUGAAGUUGGCAGGCAGCGAGAGAUUUUACGUUGUUCUCUAGUGUACUGUUACGUAAUUUGUGGUAGGCAAAAUAUUGCGGUGGUGUAGAGCAUGAAGGGACGUCAAAGAUUAUAUUGCAUAUUGAAUGUGUAAUAGAGGAACUUGUAGUGGUGCUGCAUACGUCG